GUCUGACGUCAUCGACGUCGAACGUCGGACAGGACUGUUUGUUCUGGAUUUGGGGCGAGGAAGGUCUGCGCGCGCUGACAACCGACCGAAGAAGGUGUGACACAAGUCCCUUCGUCGGUGUGGUCCCUCGCCCUGACGGCGUGUCAUUCUGAGAGCCUCCUCUACAUAUAGGCUAGUCCAACCUAUAUCAUCUAGCAGCCCAGUGACAGUCAGGUGCCUCUUCCUCCUGACAACGUCCAGCGUUGCCUCCAUUAAUUGCCUCCUCCUUAGGCCUUGAGAUAUGAUUGCACAACUGGGUUAGACCAAGGCUGCAUCCGAACAAACAUAGAGUCAAGUCAGGAGUGUGAUGGCCUGAGGGGGAUCCCCCCGAUCCCACCUGCCCCUGCCAGGUCCAAUCUGCCUAAACUGUUUGCGCAGCCACCGCACCCCACCAUUGCUAUGGGAGACGGACUGGAGGCAGGCAGCAGCCAGGCCCCUCCCUCUGCCCCACCACCUCUCCCCUUCAAUCCUCCACCGCCUGAAACAUGGAAUCCAUCCAGACCCAAACGACAGACCAACCAACUACAGUACCUCCUAAAAGUGGUGUUGAAGACUUUAUGGAAACAUCACUUUGCAUGGCCCUUCCAGGCUCCUGUAGAUGCCAUCAAACUCAACCUGCCUGACUACUAUAAGAUCAUCAAGUCCCCUAUGGACAUGGGCACAAUAAAGAAACGUCUGGAGAACAGCUACUACUGGAAUGCCCAGGAGUGUAUCCAAGACUUCAAUACAAUGUUCACAAAUUGCUACAUCUACAAUAAACCUGGAGAUGACAUUGUGUUAAUGGCAGAGGCCUUGGAGAAGAUGUUUCUCAAUAAAAUCUCUGAGAUGCCCCAGGAGGAGACUGAGAUAGCCGUUGUUAACAAGGGACGCCGUGGAGCUAGACGGGAGCCAGGUCUAAUCACCAAGCCCGAUUCAGGUCAGGACUCGUCCUCCCCCUCGACCACCCCACAUACACGAGGCUAUUCUUCCUCUUCAACAACUCCCCAGACCCGUACGCCAGCCCUAACACCCACACCUCAGGGCCCUCCCAACUUAGCCUUGGCCCUUCCUCCCCAGACCCAGCCACAGCCCCCACGUGUGCCUCCCACACCCCCCUCCCAUGCUCCCCAACUGGGACCCCCAUUUCCCCUCUCAACACUGGAUGUCCUGGCCCAAGGCCUGACCUCUGUUCCCCCUCCACCAUCGGCUCACCCAGGCUUACAUCCCACCUCACUGCCACAGAGCUCUACAGCACCCAUCAAGCAGAGGAAGAGCCAGAAGAGGAAAGCAGACACCACAACACCUACCGCCAACGACCAGCUCAGUGAAUCAUCUCCCAUCUCUGUGGAAACUCGGCCACGCCGAGAAAGCGCUCGCCCCUCAAAGCAGCCCAGAAGAGAUACUUUGCAGCCUGACUCCCAGCACCACCUUGGUGUUGGUUUGGGGCUGGGAGGGACGGUUACACCGAAGCGUCAGGAGCAGCUUCGAUACUGUGCAGGUCUAGUUAGAGAGAUGCUGUCUAAAAAACAUGUGGCAUACGCGUGGCCGUUCUACAAGCCUGUUGACGUACAAGCUCUCGGACUCCACGACUACCAUGACAUUAUCAAGCACCCCAUGGAUCUUAGCAGCAUCAAGAAUAAGCUGGACAGCAGACAGUACAGAGACGCUCAAGAGUUUGCAGCAGAUGUCAGGUUGAUGUUCUCCAACUGUUACAAGUACAAUCCCCCAGACCACGAUGUUGUUUCUAUGGCACGCAAAUUACAGGAUGUGUUUGAGAUGCGUUUUGCCAAAAUGCCAGAUGAGCCAGAGGAGCCUGCCCCUGUGCCCACCCCGUCUCCAGCCCUCCACCCUGCCCCCUCCACUCGACAAGCCCCACCUCCCUCUGCCGUCUCAGAUGACGACAGCUCCAGUUCCUCUGAAUCAGAGUCUUCAGGAGGAGACUCGGAGCAAGAGAGACAACAGCGCUUGGCCGAGCUACAGGAACAGCUUAAAGCUGUCCAUGAGCAGCUGGCAGCACUUUCCCAGCCCCAGGCCAGCAAGCCCAAGAAGAAAGAGAGGGAGAAGAAAGAGAAGAAGAAAGAAAAGCACAAGAAAAAGACAGGAGUGGAGGAACCUGUGGAGACUCCACCGUCUACCAUGCUUCAGACUUCCAAAAAGAGCAAGAGCAGCAAAGAUCCAAUCAUUGCAAAGAAGGACAGAAAAAAGCCCGGUAAGAAAGAAGGAGUUAAGAACAGUCGCCCAGGUGUGCCCCCUCAGACAGGCCCAACCCCUCUCGUCCCCUCAGCCUCUCUCGAAGCAGAAGAUGACAUUGAUGUGUUUGGAAGCAUGUCCAGUGACAGGUGCAAGCCAAUGUCAUACGAGGAGAAGCGGCAACUGAGCCUGGACAUCAACAAAUUGCCUGGUGACAAGCUGGGUCGUGUCGUACACAUAAUCCAAUCACGUGAGCCUUCGCUGAAGAACUCAAAUCCUGAUGAGAUUGAGAUAGACUUUGAAACUCUGAAGCCCUCCACACUCAGAGAGCUGGAAAAAUAUGUCUCCAGCAGCCUUAGAAAGAAGAAAAAACCAACAGCAGAAAAGGCUUUGGAGGCAACAAAUGUGGCAAAGAAGACAGGAUCUUCAUCAUCAGGCAGCAGUGACUCUUCUGAUGAUAGUGAUGACUCUGAGAACGGGCUGGUCCCCAAGCAGCAGAAGAAGAAGACAAUGUCUAACAAGGACACCAAGAGGCCGCACCACCCCUCUCUCAGUAGUGGUGCUGGCCCGGCACCUCCCCAGCCCCAGCCUCAGACACAGCCUCAAGUGGUCCAGUCCAAACCACCAUUUGUCCCCCCUCCCCCUGUCCCUGUCUCUGUCCCGUCUCUUGACUCCUCUCAGUUGUUGGGGUCUGGAUUUGAUCCCCUGGCCCACUUCAUGACCCCUCACCUGUCACAGUCUAACACAGAGCCCAAUCCAACCAUUUCUACUGCUGGUACCCCUGUUGGCUCAGGCCUCCUCAACACAAACACCCACACAAACCAGACACCUACUGAUACGCACCCCUUCCUAAACCAAAAUCCCAUCAUACCUUCACCAGCGCUCCACAACGCUCUUCCCCAGCAACCAUCAAGACCUAGCAACCGUGCAGCACCACUUCCACCUAAAGCCUCGCAGCCUCCCCCCUCCUCCGUCCCCUCUCUUCCCCCAUCCUCCUCUGCCCCUCUUCAGCCUUCACUUCCUCUCCCUCUCCCCCAGCCUGUCCCACGUCCCCGGGUCCCUUCUCCACCAUCCCAUGGUAUCUUGGGCACCCUCUCUGCACAGCCUCCUCAAGCCUUGUUGGAGGAUGAUGAAGAGCCGACACCCACCAGUUCUGACACCCCGCCCCCAUCGCUGCCACUCAGUCAGGUCCAUAUGUACCUGCAGUCGCUUCAGCCCCGGCCCUCUGCGCAAAACCAGCCGCCAUCCCACACACACACGCAUUCUCCUGCACAGGCCGCCUCACAGCUGAUGCAGUCGAUGCACACACAGGCUGUAACCACACCCACCCCGGCCCCAUCGCAGAGGCAUGCCACAGGGCACACGCACAUGCAGCAGUCGUUCUCACAUUCACACACUUCGACAGCGCAACAGCAGCAGAAGGGGGUGGUCUUGCAACAGAAGCUACAACAGAUGCAACAUCAACAACAGCCAUCACCACGCAGCAAAACAGAACCUUUCACAACAGGUUCCCUGAGGGAGAGCCCUUCUUCACUGAUGAUGCACUCUCCUCAGAUGCCUCAGUUCCAUACAAUAGGACAGCAGUCGCCCUCACAAACCAAGAAACAUGAGCAGAGGUCCAACCUGGUGGGAGUCAAAGAAGAGAAGCCUUCACAUUCGCCAGUCCUGCCACCUUCCCCCUUCAGUCCUGCCCUGCGCCAGGACACACACAAACCCCUUGACAACAAACAAACUCACAGAUCAGAUCUGAAGCCAUUGGAUGGUUCUCGCCCUAGUUCCCGCCUCCCUGACUCCCCAGCCCUCCCCCUCUCCCAGCAAGACAACAAAGUGAAGCAAGAGCCCAAAACACCCAUUGCCCCGAAAAAGACACAGGAUGUGAAGUUGAAGAACAUGGGUUCUUGGGCCAGCCUAGCUCAGAGGUCCCAGUCCACCCCAGCCUCCUCAGUUCGCUCCUCGAGUGACAGCUUUGAACAGUUCCGACGGGCUGCCAGGGAGAAGGAGGAGCGAGAGAGACAACUGAAGGCACAAGCUGAACAGGCCAGGAGGGAGCAAGAAAAACUACGCCGUGAUGACGAGGACUCCUUGGAGCAAGCUCGGCGAGCCCAAGAGGAUGCCCGUCGUCGCCAGGAGCAACAGUCACCACUUGCUCCUACGCCCCCAGCUUCCACCCCACCCACUCACUCCCCACAGGCCCCAUCCAGUCAGUCUCAAGCCCCACCCCCAGCCUCCUCAGCUGCACAGAAUGCCCUCGAUCAGCAGAGGGAGAUGGCACGCCGUCGUGAGCAGGAGAGGCGCAGGAGAGAGGCGAUGGCUGACACCAUUGACAUCAACUUCCAGAGCGACCUUAUGGCCAUUUUUGAGGAGAACCUUUUCUGAGUUGGAAAAUAGACGAGGGGAAUGAGAAAGGAGGAACACAGAGAAAGAGAGAAAGACCUUAGACACACAUUGGCAAACAUACACACAUACAUAUAGACCCCAAUGCUCUGAUACAUAAUGCUCGCUGCUCACACAAAUGCGCACACACAGACAUAACUGUCCCUUUCUCUCAGUAGUCAAAACGGCUGGCUUGUAACAUGUGAAUGAGAGAGGGGGGCAAGUGAAGUUGUACGAGCAUCCAACCCGGCCCUCUCUCCUCCAACCUUGGAUGCGUUUUGGUGUCUAACUUGUGUUUAUGGUUGUUGGUUAUAAGUUUCCAGGGACAGCAGAGUGAAUAUGGACACUGAUUAUCGGAUACUCGACUCCCUCAUCGUUUCUGACAUGGAUCACGGAAGCCACAAAGAAAGGAGAGGGGACAGAACUUCCACAAAAGUAAUGGAGAUCGAGAGGAGGAUUUAAUUUAAGAACUUGAGUGAAACAGAAGAAAACCUUAUUCUCUAUUGUCUGAUAGGAGAGAAGAGGGGGUGAAAGGAACGGGUUAACAAGAUUAUGGAUGGACAGAUCACUUUGUUUUGUUUUUUUCUCCUAAUCUUGUGUUUUUUCUCUUGCGUUGGGAUUUAACUGGGUGGGGUGGAUAGGGGCGGUCUAGUUUGUCAGGUUCAGAGGUCAUCUGAGAGUCGGUUGUUUUCUCAGGACAUAGUGGGAACGGUCACCCUGGCCACAUUCACAUACUUUUCAAAGACAUCCUUCCUCUCUGUCCUCCGAUCUACCCCUCUUCUUAUCAGUCACUACCAAUGUAAAAGGAAUGGCAGGGGUGGAGCCUACAUGUGUUUUGGUCAUCCAGUGAUGCUUGGUCUGUGUAAACUUUUAACAAAAAGGGGAAUGAGGAGGGAAUGAUGAGAUUUUAAAAGUGUUGGAAUGUGUCCUUUGCCUUAGCGCUCUGGCCUGUAAACUAAGGAUCACACCCUACAAAUUAUACAUAUUAUAUAUAAAUAGAUACAUGAAUAUAUAUUAUAUACAAUGAGAAGUCAACAAAAAAAGAACAUGAGAGGAAUUUGGUUUGUGGGGAGCAAAGCUCGUCUCUGUGUUCACAUCUGAGCUCUGGUUUUGAUUUUGUAGAAUUUACUGUAAAGAA